AUUAGUCACAGGAAUCAGGACAAAUAAAGCCAAUACAACUGCCUGUUUUACAAAUGGACGGGCAAUCAUAAAAUGCCAUUGCAGGCUGACAUGGUUUAGCACGGACCGACGCCAACGUCUUUUGGACCUCUUUUCGGUCCCGUUAGGAGAGCCGUCUUUUUUUUUGUAUUUUACAAACGGUAGGCCUACCACGUAGAUGGGCAUUCCUAAAAUGACAUUUCCGGCUACACUGUAGGCUAUACCACAAUAAGCACAGAACGACACUGAUGCAUUUUGGACGUCUUUUUUUGGUGAUGUCCAGACUGGAGGUCUUUUUUUGGUGCAGUCUGGACCAGCUUUGAUUUCCACAUCCACGGAUGUUGGUUUUUGGUCUGGACCAAAUCUAAACCAAUCAUAGAUGCCUAUGUUUGGUUCAGAUUUGGUCUGGACCAGCCUUGAUUUGGCCCAAACAUAGACAUCUAUGAAUUAUAUGUUCUCAACUUUCACCUAGAACCGAAAAUGUACUUGAUUUCAACUUCCAGAAAAGUAUUUUGACCUUUCAUUCAGAACCUAAGUUAAACCUAAUUUCAACGUCAUUUUGCUUACUGGGACUAUUGUAGUUUUUGUUGUCUUGCCUAGGGAGGCAGUUACCCCAUAGUACCCUAUUGGUCAGUGCUACUCCUGCAACAGUUAUUUUGUGCUCGUAUUUGUGGAUGCAUUUUCAUCAACAUUAAAUAAUGAUUUAUUUAUUGGAAUUGUGUCUGUGUUGUGUGUCUUAUAUUAUAUUAUUAAUUACAUAAUGGCGUAACAUGACAUGCCUCAUGUUGAUAAAUACAUAUUUAGUCCCUGAGACUGGAGCUCGCUCGUUGGUGCGCCCCACCCAAUUGUCGUGCUCACUGAUGGUGGCACCACGAGCUCACGGUAAACACCCCUCGUGACGGAGUCAUGAAGAUACUGGAACAGACUGGGAGCGAAGAAGACAUGAUGGGAGGAGUGGGACAUUCUGGAAAUAGUACAGACUUGUGACGAUGUGACGCUUAAAAACAUAAGCUAUUGUGUGCGAGACUAAUUCUUUAGCAAAAAGCCCAUAGCCUGUUUCCUCGGUUCCGCGGAGGAACGGACAGAUGUCCGCGGUAGAUGCUGUGCUUCUGAAGACAGAGAGUGGGAAAGAAUGGGUGCAGGGAUGCUGACAAUAAUAAUCCAUGGCUGCACGUGAAGAACUAGCUUUCCCUGAGAGUGCAUGAAAAAGAUUCCACCUGAUCAUCUGAUAUAAACCGGAGAACCGACGCUGCGAUGGUGACCGACAUGUUCUGAGCUGAGAGAACAGCAGCGAGAUGAAGGCGGCGGUGAGACCUAAGCGCAUGCGGCUUUUCUGGCGGCUCGGUGUCUGUGGAGUCGGGAUGGUCACGGCCACCUGGCUCAUGCAGCUCCUAGACGUAACAGACUCUCCAAGCCCCAGUGAUGUUGUUGGUGACUUCCCGUGGUCUAAGAGGGAACUAACGCAGGAGAGAGAAGAGGAGAACCACACCUACACUCCUACAACGCCCAGAGCUGCAAUCCACGAGUUUCCAGCAGAUAUUUUCUCUCCUGAGCAGAGGAGAAAAGGAGCAGUUCUUCUCCAUGUAGUCUGUGCGGUCUACAUGUUCUAUGCCCUGGCUAUAGUCUGUGAUGUCUAUUUUGUUCCAUCACUGGAGAAGAUAUCAGAGAAUCUUCAACUCAGUGAGGAUGUUGCCGGGGCAACGUUCAUGGCGGCUGGGAGCUCCGCCCCUGAGCUCUUCACCUCCUUAAUUGGUGUCUUCAUCACUAAAGGUGACUUGGGGGUAGGCACCAUUGUGGGAUCGGCUGUCUUCAACAUCCUCGUCAUCAUCGGCAUUUGUGGGAUCUUUGCCGGACAGCCUAUCUCGCUGAGCUGGUGGCCGCUGCUUCGGGAUUCUCUCUACUACAUCCUGUCUAUAUUGAUGCUGAUUGUGGUGAUCUAUGAUGACAAAGUGAUUUGGUGGGAGACCAUCAUACUGAUCUCCAUGUAUCUAGUCUACAUUAUCAUCAUGAAGUUCAACAGACCCCUGUCAGGCUGGGUGGAGAGGCACUGUGGUCGAGGGGGCCAGCCCUGCUUCAGUACCUUGAGACGGACUACCGCAGUGGGGCAUGGAGGAGUUGACUGUGACACUGACAUGGUGCUGCUGAAGAGAGAUUCGUGUGCAGGGCAGGAGACUGCGGUAGUGAUGGUGGAUGAGUUGAUGAGUCUGCAGCCUCACCAGCUGAGCUUCUCUGAGGCAAGCCUCCAUCUCCUGAUCACCCCACAUUUCCCCCCCUACACACGCCUCCGCAUGGCAGGACGCAUGGUCAUCAAUGAGAGGCAGAGGUUGAGCCGGGCUCGGGGCCAGGAGGAGAACGGUGGAGCGGGGGAGGAGGGGGGAGAUCAGGGAGCAUCAUGGGGAAUAGAGAACGGUGGAGCGGGGGACAGUGAGAGGCAGCCACUGGAGGGGGAUGGAGACAGGGAUGGGGGGCCGGAGGGGAACACAGAGGGGUUACAGCCCGAAGAGGAGGAGAUGGAGGAAGAAGAGGAGGUCUCUUUCAGUCCCUUCAUAGUGCCAGGAGGGCACUGUGAGCGUGUGCGCUGGCUGGUGUCAUGGCCUCUGUGCCUGCUGCUCUGCUGCACCGUACCCAACUGUAUCCUGCCUCGGUGGAGCCGCUGGUACCUCCUGACCUUCCUGGCCUCCACACUCUGGAUCGCAGUCUUCUCCUACCUCAUGGUCUGGAUGGUGACCAUUAUCAGUUACACGCUGGGCAUCCCUGAGGUGGUGAUGGGCAUCACCUUCCUGGCAGCUGGCACCAGCGUCCCGGACUGUAUGGCCAGCCUGAUCGUCGCCCGACAAGGUAUGGGGGAUAUGGCUGUCUCUAACUCCAUUGGCAGUAAUAUCUUCGAUGUGCUCCUGGGACUUGGGUUCCCUUGGUUCCUGCGCACUCUGGUGGUCGACUACGGAUCAGUGGUGUAUAUCAACAGUAAAGGCCUGGUGUAUUCAGUUGUUCUGCUGUUGGGUUCAGUGUUCCUCACUGUCCUGAGUGUUCAUCUGAACCGUUGGUGGCUGGACCGCAGACUGGGCCUCUGUUUAAUGAUGCUCUAUGCCAUCUUCCUACUCUGCUCGGUCGGCUUCCAGCGACUGUAGGCCAGGUUCCCACACAUUUUAGUAUGAUUAUGAUGAUAGUAUUUCAUGUGAUGUUUUCACUUGUUGACAUUUAUCAGUUGUAUUUGUACGGGUAUUUAGUUACGGUUCAUUUGCAUUUGAGACAUUUAUGAAUAUUGUUAUUGAUGGGAAACCUUACAUUUUAUCUUUGAUAAAUGUUUCAAACUGGAUCUUUUACAUAGUUUUAUACAGAGCAACUAGAGAAAUGUGUGAUAUCUGAAGAUGACCAGUCGAGAACAUCCACUUCACACAAUUAAUUUAUAAUGUAUUGAAUUUCUAUCUAUAGUUGCGUGAUGACAAUGAUGAAUCAUAUUCUUUAGAGUGAAAGUGUUAAAAGGCCCAGUGCAGACAAACUUGAUUUUCCUGUUUUUAUAUAUAUUUUCACACUGAGUUUGGAAUAAUACUGUGAAAUGAAUGAUAAUGCCCUUUUAGUGUAAGAGGUGUUUGAAAAGACAGUGGGAUGGAGUUUUGGCUUGCCUGGUAUAACCAGGCGGUAAAUUAGUUAAAAGACCUAUUACAAAGAGUUCCAAACCUAUUUUUGACCAUUUUCAGUUAAAACAAUCACAGUAAGGUACUUAAUUGUUACCCAGAAAUGAUUUGAUAUUGAGAUAAAAACAGAUGCAUUGGACCUUUUAAGACCCAAUAUUGUAUUGCUUGUAGGAGUGCCACAGCAGUAACCAUACUCUGCUAAUCAUGUAUGCUUGUAGGAUGACUCUUAAUGUGUAGACUGAACAAAAAUGUAAAGUGUUGGUUCCAUGUUUUAUGAGCUGAAAUAAAAGAUCCCAGAAAUGUUCCAUA